CAAAUCUGAUUUUAAACACCCCGUCUGCAACUGGCCUAUAUAUAGAUAAUGGCACUUCUCCCACACCCCACUGCAUUGACCUCCGUCGCCGGUCAAACACUCGCCGGAAAAACAAAGCCCAAGAGGUCAAAGUCAAACCAAUUCAAACCAAAAUGUUCACUCUCUACUCCUCAAGUUUCAAGAAGCGUGGGAAGAAGAGGUUACACGAGCGUGAUGAUAGUUCCGACAGGAGUAGGAGCUUCUAUUGGGGGGUUUGCGGGGGAUGCUUUGCCUGUUGCUAGAACACUUUCUUCAGUUGUGGACUGUCUUAUCACGCAUCCCAAUGUUCUAAAUGCAGCAAUGCUAUACUGGCCAAUGACAAAUGUGUUAUAUGUUGAGGGUUAUGCUCUUGAUAGAUUUGCAGAAGGCUUAUGGGGACUACAACCAGUUCACCAAAAUAGAGUCGGAUUGGUUCUUGAUGCUGGGAUAGAGAAAGAGCUUCUUCUUCGACAUCUACAAGUGGUUGAUGCAGCUAGGGCUUCUCUUGGCUUGCCUGUUGUUGAAUACGCUGUCACUGAUACCCCUUUGCAGGUGGAGAAGUGGGUCGAUCCAAAAAGCGGCCAAUCAACAGGGAGGAUACAACAUCCUGAUUCCCUACUAAGAGCUGUACAAACAUUGAUUGACCGGUCAAUGGUGAAUGCUGUUGCAGUUGUGGCGCGGUUCCCAGAUGAUGAAUUUGAAGACACAGAUGAUUAUCGACAAGGAAUAGGAAUUGAUCUUUUAGCUGGAGUGGAGGCGGUUAUUAGCCAUAUGGUAGUGAAGAAUUUCGGAAUCCCCUGUGCACAUGCUCCUGCUUUAUUACCUAUGCCUUUAAGCACGCCAGUUAGCCCAAAAGCAGCUGCUGAAGAGAUUGGGUACACAUUUUUACCCUGUGUCCUUGCUGGGCUAAGUAAUGCACCACAGUAUGUGGUCGAUCAGCGGGAAAGGGAUUGCAUAUUGGCAAGUGAUGUUGAUAGUGUCAUACUUCCUCUAGAUGCUUGUGGAGGAGACGGGGCUCUUGCAUUUGCAAAUCGCAAAAGGAACAAGCCACUCAUAAUCGCAGUGGAAGAGAAUACAACAGUUCUGAAUGACACACCAGCUAAACUCGGAAUAGAGGCAGUAACAGUUUCCAACUACUGGGAAGCCAUAGGUGUCGUUGCAGCUCAUAAGGCCGGAGUAGAUCCAUACUCUCUUCGCAAGAACAGAAUCAAAAACAUUCAACACAAGUCUUCGAUUACUUCCAAUGGCCAUACUGUCGCCAUAGCCAGAUAGUAUGUGCACUCAUAUUCUUUUGAUUAGAUUCUUAAAAUAAUUUGGAUUUAAAUUUGUUACGAGAAAUUCGUCUAUAAUGCAGAACAUCGUAGCAUUUUUGUCCUGUUA